GUAUUCUGGUAUUGCAGCAUAUAUAUAGUAUAUGGCAACUUUAACUGUUCAAGAUAAUCUUCAACAAUUUUCAACUCCUGGAAACUUGGAAGAUGUUGUUUUUAAAAGCAUUGAAUUUGUUCAAAAAACUUUGUCUGAAAACCGAAACUUAGUUUUGAUUACUGCUGGAGGCACAUCGGUUCCAUUGGAGCAAAAUACAGUGCGAUGUAUAGAGAAUUUUAGUACUGGACGCAGAGGAGCAAUUUCAGCGGAAAAUUUUUUGCUUGCAGAUUACAAUGUUAUAUAUCUUCACAGAAAUGGAUCUUCCUUUCCUUUUGAAAGAAAAUUUGUUGAUUAUUUAGAUGAAAAAAGUAAAAGAUUGAUGGAUAUAUUCACAAUUGCUAAUGAUUGUGUCAAUAUAGCAGAAAAUUUUCCUAAAGAUUUGAAAGACUCCCUGAAACAUUAUGAAUUGCUGAAAAAUAAUAUACUUACAAUUAAAUAUACAAGCCUUUCAGAAUAUAUGCAUUAUACGCAUGCAAUUUGUAAUGCAUUAAAGCCCAUCGAAAAAAGAGCAAUGAUUUAUCUUGCUGCUGCUGUGUCAGAUUUUUUCGUUUCUAAUAGUGAUACUCAAGUUCACAAAAUACAAUCUUCAGAUAAGUUGAUUAAUCUGAAAUUGAGCCCCGUCCCGAAGAUGCUUGGAAAAUUGGUUGAAUCCUGGGCUCCAGAUGCUUAUGUUGUUACUUUUAAACUGGAGACUGAUCCAGAAAUACUGGAUCAUAAAGCGAAAUCGGCUCUCAUAAAAUAUCGCCAUGAAGCUGUUGUAGCAAAUACAUUGCAUGAUCGUUAUAACACUGUCAAAAUACUAACAGAAUUAGAAAAUAUUGUCAUUCGGUUAUCAGAAGAGGAAACUCAUGCAAAAGUUAAUAUUGAACAGAAAAUUGUGGAAAAGCUUAUAAAAUUUCAUGUGAAUCAUAUGACCUCAAUUUGAUAUGUACAUAUAAUAUUAUUUCAUCUUUGUGACCAGUGGAGAUAUCAUAAUAAGUAUAUAUUUAUUCCAUACCGAGGGCCUUGAGCCAAAAGGAUGAUUAUUGAACAUUGUAUCAAAUUAAGAUUGAAUUCUGGCUUAAAUUGCACCCAUUGUUUUGAAAUAGUUUUGAAUGAAAAUUUUGACAUUUGACCAUUUUUGACUUGAAACUCUCGGAACAUAACUAGCCUCAAUACCUGAAUUUAUAUUUCCACUGUUAAAAAAUUUUAAAAUGUAGAUUAUUUAUCAUCUAUGUAAUUUUUUUCAUUCUUGACUAUUAAACUAAAUGGAAUUGCUAACACAAUUAUCUGAAUCGAAUAUAUUUUGCAGAUUUCUUAUACUAAUUGAUAUUCGGAUCUUUGACUUGUAAUACUGUGAUUUAUAUUGGUGAUUAUUAGAGAGUGAUUUGGAUACAAUAAAAUUGCACUUUUGUCCUGAGAAUAAGAAAAGCUAUAAAAAACCUAUUGUGGUGCUCUGACUCUCAAAUUGGUUGUCAGCGCUUUUCAAUAAUUUCUAUAAUAGUUUGCCAUAAUCUAUGGUAUAUUAACCUAAGAUAAUUUUGCAUAAUAAAAUGAAAGACUGCCACUUGUAACACCUAUAUCUUGUUUAAUGGGCUUAGCAAAUAUUAUUAAUAAUACAUAUAACUCGUGGGAUGACAAAAAUAUUUAUUGAUCUUAAAAAGAUUCAAAAGGUUUUUAUGUUUUUUUUUUGCAUAUUUUUUUUGUUUUUUCGUUAUUGGUGUUUACAUUAUUUUUUAAAAAUUGCUUUUCGAACAAAUCAGUUUUGGCUGUAUUCACAUGUUUAUAAAAAUAGUACUUCUGUUCCAACUACAGGAGCUGAAUAAAUCAAAGUAAUGAAAGUUGAUAUGAUCUUUUACAAUUAGCCUAUAAUCAUUGAUUGUCUGUAAGUUUUGAACAAAUCAUAUAAAUAUUUUGUAAUUAUUUAUUGUUGUUAAUAAUUUUCAG